AUGAUCCCUUCGAUCCCAGAUCUCGCCGACUACGGCCUCUCACCCGAAACCGGCUUCCUCCCCGCCUCCGCGCCUCUCGCACGCUUGACAGAUCCAUACUACGAGCCAUGGGAGCGGAUUAUGGAUAGUUACAACGGGUACCUCCUCGCUGGACGUCUGCGGGAGGUCGUCCACGCCUUGCCUGAGCUGUCGACAGAGUAUCUGCAUAACGUAAGGGACCUCCGCCGUGCGUUCGUUGUUCUGUGUUUCAUUGCGCAUGGAUACGUUUGGGGUGGUGCACAACCCAUGGAACGUCUACCCCGACAACUAGCCGUACCCUGGGUCCAAGUCGCCAACGCCCUCGAGGUACGACCCGUCGUCUGCCACGCCGCCGUCUGCCUCUGGAAUUACAAACCCCUCUUCUUCGACGAACCCCUCGACCUCGAGAACCUCGCGACCUUCCACACCUUUUCGGGAGCGAUGGACGAAUCCUGGUUCUACCUCAUCACCACAGCCAUCGAGGCCCGCGGCGGGCCGUGUAUGCCUUUGCUGUUGGACGCGAUGCAGGCCGCACGGGAGGAUGAUAAAGUGCGUUUCGUCGACAACCUGCGCACACUCGCCGUUCAGCUGGACGGACUCAAUGACGCCCUAGCACGCAUGUACGAAAAAUGCGACCCAUACGUCUUCUACUGGAAAGUCCGCCCGUACCUCGCAGGCUGGAACAACAUGGCCGAAGCAGGUCUCCCGAACGGUGUCAUUUACGAAGGCUGCGACGAAGAAAACCAUUACCGCAAAUACGCCGGUGGAUCCGCCGCUCAAUCUGCGCUCAUCCACGCCCUCGAUAUUGCACUGGGUGUUGAACACAGACCGACUGGAGAGAAGAAAGACACCCCGAGACAGCCGUCACCGCCUGGACAAGCACCCCCGCCUAAACACAACUUUAUCCAUGAAAUGCGAAACUACAUGCCCGGCCCCCACCGCCGCUUCCUCGCUCACCUCUCCACCGUCGCAAACAUCCGUCCCUACGUCCAACAACACUCUCAAUCGCACCCCGAAGUCGCACAAGCCUAUGAUGCGUGUCUCGCAAUGCUCCGUUCGUUCAGGGACAAGCAUAUCCAGAUUGUGUCGCGCUAUAUCAUCAUCCAAGCAAAAGGCCAAAACCAAUCACCACCAAAAGCCACCCAAACAACCGGUCUCGCGAAAACCCAAUCAGCCGACAAGAAAGAAUUCCGUGGAACUGGCGGUACCAGUCUCAUCCCUUUCCUCAAACAGGCACGUGACGAAACCGGGGAGGUCCUCGUGGGUGGGUGG